CACCUAGCGGACAGACGAGCCUUUUAUGUUUAAUUAUUUUUAAGUUAAACUCUUAAUGGAAACAAAAGUGUGUGUAAAGACACGACCCUUACAAUAGGGGGACCUGUACAAAAACAUUUCAUAAGUGGUGCUUGUUAUGCUUUGUAUUUUCCAGAGCAAACUUUGUACCUAUAUGCAGAAAUAUAACCGAGUCGUUUUAGACAAUACCUUAAUUGCAGCGUGUUUUUUUCGCGGUAUUGUAUAUAUUAAAGUCUACAACUGUUUUAAGUUAAAACAGUCGUAUUCUAAUUUCCUAAUUGUGUAUUAACAUUUAAAAAUGCUCCUUUAAGAGUCGACAGGAUACUUACAAAAUUACUGUUACAUUACAGGAUUCAAAACUAUACCAUCUUACCCCAUGUCCCAUGUUCCCCCACCCUACUAUCAGUAGGCCUCAUUUUUAUUCGGCGGCAACGCACACGAAGUUACAUACGCGAUUACUCAUUGACGGGCGUUAGUUAAGUGUAAUAAGACAGCCAAGGUAUAAUUUCCGAAAUUGCCUGCCGCGCGAGGAUAAACAAGUUGAAACAUUACUUUUCUACGAAUACUAAGCAGAAAAUCGUAAUGACAAUAGAAACAAUAGGGUAUAUUGGUGCUAUACGCCUUUGCGUAUUAAAUCUUUAUGGUAAGUUAGAGUAAAGUAAACGCCUAUGUAACUUGAAAGAAAGCCAAUAUUUGACAACUGGGCUAAAUGCAAACAAACUUAAAGUUAAGGCGCGCCGUUCUUUUUUUUUGUUAAGAACUUUACGAUCAAACUUUAAUUUCUGUUUGCGUGUAACAGAAAGUUAUUGGCAGGGUCUUCGGCAGUAUAGGUAAAAGAUAUUGGUAAGACAGCGCAUGUAGCCGCAGUUUUAAACCAUGUUUUCUGUAAAGAGAUUGAGAUUUAUUGUUUAGUAAAGUAUUCAAUGGCAGUUAAAUUUUAGUUCCCCCUUUUAAGUAGUUCGAAUUACAGACAGUAGUACGACUGCCUCACUUUUAAGACAUAAGGUUUGGCAUAUUAGUCAUUUCCAUUAUUUUUCUUACAAAGUUAAACGUAUGUCAAGUUUAAGCGCUUUCGGCGUUAAUGCUAUCAAGUUCCGUUUGUUCAUCCUUAUCAUAUCGGUGUUCGAAUAUUCAAAAGUUGCAGCGUCCUAUGCCACUUAAGUAAGAACAUUCUAAAUUCACGAAAUGUAAUGUUUUGCUAAAUUUAUUGUUUGUUAGCAUAGUAGCCUACUGUGGGGUAAGGUGGGAUAUACCGUUAGCGGUAAAUCUUAUAUUUCCUGAUCGUAUUUUAAGCAACUACCAUACCACUAAAUGAGACGUUAUAGCAUUAUAAAUGUCCUAUCUUACCCCACCCUACUAUAUCUAUAUAAAAAAAAAAUUUACAAGAAAACGGCGCGAAACAGUUAUAUAUAUAUACAUUCAUUUGGUGCCUAUAGCCACGCGACUUUGAAAUUUAGAGUUCUCGGUCGAUCGAUUUUCAAUGAAACAAAUAUAACGUUAAUUUACUUUAUCGGUUCUUAAUUAGUGCGAAUUCUAAAGGCGGCAAUCGUUUGAAACGAUUUAAUUUAAAUGUUGUGAUUUAUGAUACCGAUAUGAGGGCGAGAAACAUGGAUAAAGAAAAACUUCUGUACAGGUUUCUGUUUAGCUGCGCAGUCGGCUAUUUCCUCGGGUCUUUUAUAAUACGAAGGCGAACUAUUUCGAUUAAUUCAGACGCACUAACAAAACGGGUGGACUUUUUGGACAGCAAGAAAACAGUGUACAGUGCUGAAAGUUCUCCACAACGGUUAGAUCUGGAACCUUCUGCACCAAAAGCGAAUUUGUACAUCGGUUUACUUUCUGUUGGUUCAAAUUUGGAAACACGGGUAGCAGCGUCACGUGAUACAUGGAUGACGCGAUCAGGAGCAGUUAUUGAAGUUUAUGCCAACAAUAACCAAUCUCAAAGCAAUAUAAAGACAAUCAAGUUACUUGGUGUGGACGAUAAUGCAUACCCGCCGCAAAAGAAGAGCUUCUCAAUGCUAAAGUAUAUGCACACCGCAUAUGUGGACAAAUUUGACUGGUUCGUACGUUUGGACGACGACGCAUACGUAGACGUGGAUAAACUAUCUAUGUUUCUAAAUCGAAUUAAUUCUUCCCAACCGCGGUAUAUCGGAAGUCCUGGUUAUGGCAAAGGAAAAGAAGACUUAUUGAGCGACGGCGAUAAUUACUGCAUGGGUGGUCCUGGCAUGGUGUUCUCUCGUGCCCUCAUGCGACAGCUUGGCCCGCAUCUUGGGGAAUGCUUACAACACAUGUACACGUCACAUGAAGACAUCGAAGUCGGGCGCUGCGUACAGAAAUACACGGGCAUCAAGUGUACAACUUCGUGGGAGACGAAAAAGAUCUUCUUCCAGAACUAUAACAGCGGAACUUACACGAAUAACAUAAAAGACAUUACCGCUAAACAACUCGACGAAGGCAAAAUAUUCCAUGCGAAUAAGGAUCCAGCGUACCAAUAUCGCUUCCACACGAUGGUGCUAAAGAGAAAGAUUGCCACCAUUUUGAAACGUAUUGCCCAAGCCGAAAAGGACAUUCAAAUAGUUUCGCUACAAAAUGGAUUUUCGGACGAUGCUGGCAUGAAUGCGCAUGCGCAGUACCGAUGGAGCACAAUUUACAACCGUGACCAUUACAAAGCCGAUCGUUCUCAACCUAUGAAACGAAUGGAUCCGACUUUAAACCAUGUUUUGGUCGAAGAUACCAAUACCUUUAUACGGGUUCUGCAAACGCGAGUUAACAAUGAGUUCGCCAAACUGAAGGAAGUAGAUUUUAUUAAUACUUACUUUGUAGUUAACCCUUUGCAUUCAAUGGACGCUAUAUCACUACUGGAAUGCAAGUUUAGUACAGGGCCUGGGAAACCACGUACAACGCAGCAUGUUUCGGUCCACCAGCGGCACCGUUUCACCAGCGCUACGUUUCUAAGUGAACCCAUUGAACUAUGCCCGACCGGUUGUGUUAGAAAAGACAACGAGCCGACAGUUCUAAUCAAAAGAGCAAACGAAACUCCUGUAAAUUUCCUGACAGCUUUGAGUGGCAGACCUGAAAAUUUCAUCCGAUUUUUGAACAAUUUUGAAAACUCGUUUUUGACCCGUGGGGAAAAGGUGAACCUUAUUGUUACUUACUUUCCGCCUGAAUACGAGGUUGAUAUUACUACUAAUUCGUCUCAAGAGAUUGUGGAGGUGGACGGUAUCUCGCCCAAUUUUGGGAAAAAUACCCCACUCGGCCCGGACGCUAAAUUUGUGACUGAAAACAUGAACAGAUUGCAAAACGCAUAUCCAGAUUCAAAGAUUGCCGUGAUCAACCUCGAGCCCGGAACAGAAUUUUCGCGGGGACUCGGGCUCCAAGUCGCCGCGAAAAGCGUGGAGUCCCGCGAUGAAAUUAUAUUUUUUAGCGACGUGGAUUUGGUGUUCGCUCCCGAGAUACUGGACCACAUACGCAGAAACACAAUACGACAUAAACAGGUCUACUACCCAGUAUUUUUCAGCCAGUAUGACCCGGACGUGGUAUAUGUUGAUAUGCCGAAACCACAAAACUAUUUCAUCUUCAGCGAAUUAGCUGGAUUUUGGAGACACUUCAGCUACGGAAUGGUUUCUUUGUACGCGAGUGAUUUCGACAAAACAAACGGUUUUGAUCUCUCAAUACACGGUUGGGGAUUAGAAGACGUACACCUGGUAAAUGCAAUUUUAGCCGCUGGUCUAGAUGUUUUUAAAAGCACAGAGCCUGGACAAGUUCACAUUUUUCACGACAAAACAUGCGACAGCUCCCUCAGCGAAAACCAACGAACGAGUUGCCAGAAUUCUAGGGCCGCACAUUACGCCCCUUCGACAUUGUUAUACUACUUGUGGAAAACUCCAGAAAGUAUCGAGACAAUAGAAGAAGUUUAAUUAAAUAUAGAACAGUCGGGUAAGACAUAACAUGUUUCAUUCUCUUUUCCUGUUCCUAAGUAGUAAACAAAGAAUAUUUACAAAACGACUCGUUAUUUACGCAAUUUCGCGCAGUCAUGGCUUUCAAACAGCGUUGGAACUGAAUAUUAUAUCGCAUGAACAUUAGGUCACAUACCGAUAUGCGUGUUCUGGCGUAAAUUUCCUCUCUGCCUACUGUUUUCACCCGUAAGCUAUUAGUUAUUGUUAAAUCUAUAAUACAGCGGAUAAGAUGGGAUACCGUUAGCACCGAAAGCCCAUAUUUCCUAACUUUUUAAGAGUCGUGACAAUACGGUUAUAUAAUUCUGUACAUAUUGUUUGUUUACCACCAAAUGGAAUGAGAAAUUUGAAAAAGCGGAACUAAGUAUCUUUAGAUAACUAUAGGCUGUGUGGGUUGCGACACGGAACAAAACACCUUUGUAGUUACCCCACCGUUGUUCACUUGAAUAUGGUUGCGACAUUUUACCUUUACGCCGCAAUACUUGGACAUUAUUUUACCACAUAUAUAUACUCAUUGUAACCCGGGGAGUUUUAACUCGGGAGUUAUCUUGACAUCACUGAUGUUACACCACUUUCCAAACAAUAUAAGAGGAAGUCAGUGCAGAAAAGGAACAUAUUAUGUUUGUUCGGUCGAACUAACGACACAAAGAAAUAAAAUGCUAUAAAAUAA